AUGAUCACGCUGAGGGCCAAGAUUCGUGUCUCUCCCCUCUCUAUCUCCUGUUCAUUCUCUCCGUCUAUAUUCUUAUGUGAAUAUCUCUCCUCUGUUUCUCCCUUUCUCUCCUCAACUCUCUCUUUCUACUGUUCAGUCUCCUCUCAGUUUAUUUCUAUUCCUAUCUCCAGUUCUACACCCCUCUCUCUCUCUCUCUCUCUCUCUCUCUCUUCCUUUCUUACCUCUGUUUCUCUCUUUCCCUCUCUCUUCCUUCAUUUAUCUUCUUUCUCCUUCAUCUCUAUGUCCAUUUCUAACCAUAUCUCUCACUCUUUCUCCAUUUUUUCUUACCUCUGUUUCUCCCUCUUACUUUCUUCCCAUCUCACCCGUUUCUCCCACUCUGUACAUUCAUAUCUCCCUCUCUCCUUCUACUCGUCUUCCUUAUCUAUGUUUCUCGCUUUCUCCGUCUCUAUCCUUCUCUCUCGCUAUUUCCGCUUAUCUCUUCCCCCCCGCCUUCUAUUUCUGUCAUUUUCAAAAUUUUCCACGCUUUCUUUCCUAAACUACAUUCUAUAG